AUGAAAUUAAAUAAAAUUUGUACUUGCUUGUUUCUUGCCUUGUUUUUCUCUUGCCUAAAUUUGAUACAAGAUAAUACAAAGAUACUAUGUGAGAGUAUUAAUAAUACCAAUAAUAAUAAUGAAAAAGGGGAAGAAGGAGAUGAAAAAAAAAAGACUAGUAAUGAAGAACAAAAAAGAGACAAAGAUAUGUUAGAAGAAAUUAAGGAGGAUGAAAAACCAACAGGAGGAAUAGAAAAUCAUGAAUAUCAAACAGAAGUUACAAGACUAAUGGAUAUUAUUGUAAAUUCCUUGUAUACUCAGAAAGAAGUAUUUUUAAGAGAGUUAAUUUCAAAUGCAGCUGAUGCAUUAGAAAAAAUUAGAUUUCUAUCUUUGUCUGAUGAAAAUGUAUUAGGAGAGGAAAAAAAAUUAGAAAUAAGGAUAUCAGCGAAUAAAGAGAAAAACAUAUUAUCAAUUACAGACACAGGAGUAGGUAUGACUAAGGAAGACUUAAUAAACAAUUUAGGAACAAUAGCUAAAUCAGGUACAUCUAACUUUUUAGAAGCCAUAUCAAAAAGUGGAGGUGAUAUGAGCUUGAUAGGUCAAUUCGGUGUUGGUUUUUAUUCCGCUUUUUUAGUAGCAGAUAAAGUCAUAGUAUACACAAAACAUAAUAAUGAUGAGCAAUACAUAUGGGAAUCUACAGCUGAUGCUAAGUUUUCAAUUUACAAAGAUCCUAGAGGUUCAACAUUAAAGAGAGGAACGAGAAUAUCAUUACAUUUAAAAGAGGAUGCUACUAAUUUAAUGAAUGAUAAGAAACUUGCAGAUUUAAUUUCUAGAUAUAGUCAAUUUAUCCAGUACCCCAUUUAUUUAUUAUAUGAAAAUGUGUAUACUGAAGAAGUACUUGCUGAUAUAGCAAAGGAAAUGGAAAAUGAUCCCAACUAUGACAGUGUAAAAGUUGAGGAAUCAAAUGAUCCUAAUAAAAAAACAAGAACAGUAGAAAAAAAAAUUAAAAAAUGGAAACUAAUGAAUGAGCAAAGACCUAUUUGGUUAAGAGCACCUAAGGAAUUAAAUGAAGAUGAUUAUAAAAAAUUUUUUAGUGUUUUAUCAGGUUAUAAUGAUGAACCAUUAUAUUAUAUACAUUUUUUUGCUGAAGGUGAAAUAGAAUUUAAGUGUUUAAUUUAUAUCCCUUCAAAAGCUCCAUCAAUUAAUGAUCAAUUAUUUACUAAACAAAAUUCUAUUAAAUUGUAUGUAAGAAGGGUAUUAGUAGCUGAUGAGUUUGUUGAAUUCUUACCACGAUAUAUGAGUUUCAUAAAAGGAGUUGUUGAUAGUGACGAUCUACCCCUUAAUGUAUCUAGGGAACAAUUACAACAAAAUAAAAUCCUAAAAGCUAUUUCUAAAAGAAUUGUAAGAAAAAUAUUAGACACCUUCCGUAAAUUAUAUACAGAUGGUAAAAAAUAUAAAGAAAAUUUAAGAUCUGAAUUAGAAAAAGAAACGGAUGAAGAAAAAAAAAAAGAAAUACAAAAAAAAAUUAGUGAACCAAGUAAAUAUAAAUUAAUAUAUAAAGAAUAUAGAAAAUACUUAAAAAGCGGAUGUUAUGAAGAUGAUAUUAAUAGAUCAAAAAUUGUAAAAUUACUUUUAUUUAAAACUAUGCUUUACCCUAAAAGUAUUUCAUUAGAUACAUAUGUUGAAAAUAUGAAACCAGAGCAAAAAUUUAUCUAUUAUGCGUCAGGGGAAUCUUAUGAAUAUUUAUCAAAAAUUCCACAAUUGCAAAUUUUCAAAAAAAAAAAUAUUGAUGUUCUUUUUCUAAUUGAAUCUGUUGAUGAAUCUUGCAUACAAAGAGUGCAAGAAUAUGAGGGAAAGAAAUUUAAGUCCAUUCAAAAGGGAGAAAUUACUUUUGAUUUAACUGAGGAGGAAAAGAAAAAAGAAGAAAAAGUGAAGAAAAUGUACAAGGCACUAAUGGAUGUAAUAUCAGACACACUAAGGAAUCAAAUCUUUAAAGUCGAAAUUUCUCGAAGAUUAGUUGAUGCACCAUGUGCAGUCGUUUCAACUGAGUGGGGUUUGUCAGGACAAAUGGAAAAAUUAAUGAAAAUAAAUGUAAAUAAUUCCGAUCAAAUAAGAGCAAUGAGUGGUCAGAAAAUUCUAGAAAUUAAUCCAGAUCAUCCAAUCAUGAUUGACUUGUUAAAAAGAUCAGUAGCAAAUCCUAAAGAUUCCGAAUUAACGAAAAGUAUUAAAAUUAUUUACCAGUCAGCUAAAUUAGCAUCAGGUUUUGAUUUAGAAGAUACUGCAGACCUAGCUCAAAUUGUGUAUGAUCAUAUUAAUCAUAAAUUAGGAGUGGACAACAAUUUAAAGAUUGAUGAUUUAGACCCCUCCAUUUUUGAAACAAAAAAAAUAGAUGAUGUCGAUAGUACUGAAGGACAUAAAGUUGAUCAUGAAAUUAACAUAGACGAAGAAAUACUGAAGCAAGAUACCAGUACCAAUGACGAUUCUUCCAACGAUAAGAAGAAUGACGAAUUGUAA